AUGAUUUCCAUCUGGCAAGCUGGUCAGCUCGUCGCUGGACCUUUCGCCGGACAACUACUCGCUCAUUUCGGUGCUGAAGUGAUCAAAGUCGAGCCGCCGACGACAGGAGACCCCGUACGCGUUUGGCGAGAGUUAGACAUGGAUGGAGUUAGUAUAUGGUUCAGGAGUAUCUCGAGAAAUAAGAAGAGUGUGACUAUUGAUAUGCGGAAGGAUGAAGGCAAGAAACUAGUUAAGGAACUUGCGAUCAAAAGCGACAUCCUUUUGGAGAACUUCAGGCCUGGAACUCUGGAGAAAUGGGGUCUCGGACCAUCCGACAUCCACCCUCACAAUCCCGACCUUAUCUUCACUCGCGUCAGCGGAUAUGGCCAGACCGGCCCGUGGGCACAACGCCCAGGCUACGCUUCGGUGUGCGAAGGCGAAGCAGGCUUCCGUUAUAUCAACGGGUUUCCGGAUGAACAUGGUAUGCUUGCUGGCCCUUCAGUACGUCCGAACAUCAGCUUUGGAGACUCGAUAACUGGGUUACACGCCGCAUUUGGCGCGGUUCUUGCUUUGUUAUCCAGAGGAAAACGUAAAUCAAAUGGCAAGAUCGGAGGCCAAACUGUUGAUGUCAGUAUUAUGGAGAGCAUCUUGAACAUGACGGAAGGAAUUAUCCCAGAAUACUCGCGCAAAGGUGUAAUUCGCGGACCAUCUGGCUCCUGUAUCACGGGUAUCGUCCCAACGAAUGCAUACCCGACCUCUGUUCCUUUCUCAUACAUCCUCAUCGGUGCCAACGGCGAGUCCAUCUACGAGCGUUUUAUGAACGCCAUCGGAAGACCAGACCUCAUUGGGCCGGACUAUGCGGGUAAUCACAAACGUGUCCCCCGUCAAGCCGAACUGGACGGGGCGAUUUCUGAAUGGACCCGCCAGCGCACAUCCGAAGAAAUCGUCAAGAUCAUGAACGACGCGAACGUGCCCGUGGGCCGGGUUUUGAACGUGAAAGAAAUUAUGGAAAAUGAACACAUUCGCGAACGCGGGAUGAUUGAGCGCAUUCAUGUUCCGUUCCGUAACACAAAGGGAGAGGCCACUGUCGAUGAUGCAGGAUGGGAACUGGACGUCAAUCGGGUGACUCCUCGCUUAGAAUGCGACAUGCCGACAAGAUGGGCUGGUCCAGACCUUGGACAGCAUAAUGAAGAGGUUCUCGGAGGCAUUCUUGGGCUCUCACAAUCCGACAUGUCUGGUCUGAGGGUUCGCGGUGUCAUUGGGUAG